AUGGGGAGUCAGUGCACUAAACUUACGCCUUGUUGCAUAGAUUCACAGUUCAAGGCAACUGUUGUUGAAGUUCCCAAUGUUGGGAAUGAAGAAAAGAGUGAGGUUAAUGACUUGCCUACAUUCCGCGAAUUCACAUUUGAGCAACUGAAAAAUGCAACAUCUGGUUUUGCAGUAGAAAAUAUUGUGUCUGAACAUGGGGAGAAGGCUCCUAAUAUUGUUUAUAAAGGGAAGUUGGAAAAUCAGAGAAGGGUUGCUGUUAAGCGAUUCAAUAGAAUGGCUUGGCCUGAUGCUCGACAAUUUUUGGAGGAAGCAAGAUCUGUUGGCCAGCUACGGAAUCAUAGAUUGGUAAAUUUGCUUGGUUGCUGUUGUGAAGGUGAUGAGAGGCUGCUUGUAGCAGAAUUUAUGCCCAAUGAGACACUUGCAAAACAUCUUUUCCAUUGGGACACACAACCUAUAAAAUGGGCGAUGAGAUUAAGAGUUGUUCUACAUCUUGCAGAAGCUCUAGAAUACUGCACGAGUAAAGGGCGUGCCCUUUACCAUGACCUUAAUGCCUAUAGAAUUUUGUUUGAUGAGGAUGGUAAUCCAAAACUAUCGAGCUUUGGCCUCAUGAAAAACAGUAGGGAUGGAAAAAGUUAUAGCACGAAUUUGGCUUUUACUCCUCCAGAGUAUUUAAGAACUGGGAGAGUAACACCAGAAAGUGUAAUAUAUAGCUUUGGUACUCUUUUGCUUGACCUUCUCAGUGGAAAGCAUAUACCCCCAAGCCAUGCCCUUGACUUGAUACGAGACAGAAAUAUUCAGAUGUUGACUGAUUCUUGCUUGGAAGGACAGUUUUCCAAUGAUGAUGGGACUGAGUUAGUACGCUUGGCGUCUCGAUGUUUACAGUAUGAACUCAGAGAACGACCAAGUCUGAAAUUUUUAGUCACUGCUUUGACUCCUCUUCAGAAAGAAACUGAUGUUCCUUCUCAUAUCUUGAUGGCCAUCCCACAUAGUGCUUCGUCCUCUCCUCUGUCACCACUUGGCGAGGCUUGCUCAAGAAGGGACCUGACAGCCAUACAUGAGGUCUUAGACAAUAUCGGCUAUAAAGAUGAUCAAGGAGUGGCAAAUGAGCUCUCAUUCCAAAUGUGGACAGACGAAAUGCAGGAAACUUUGAAUACAAAGAAAAAGGGUGAUUCUGCUUUCAAGCAAAAGGAAUUUAGAGUUGCAAUUGAGUGUUACACUCAGUUCAUUGAUGUGGGAACCAUGGUUUCCCCGACUGUUUUUGCACGGCGGAGUCUGUCCUAUCUCAUGAGUGACAUGCCUCAGGAAGCUCUAAGUGAUGCAAUGCAAGCCCAAGUCAUUUCCCCUGUAUGGCACAUCGCAUCCUAUCUUCAGGCUGUUGCACUUGCUACACUUGGAAUGGAAAAUGAAGCACAUGCAGCCCUCAAGGAGGGUACAAAUCUUGAAGCCGAGAGGAAUGCAAACUCUGGACAAAAGUGA